CUUAUUUUUUAUUCCCUCAUCAAACUGGAAAACAUACGUGGAAUCAUCUCACGUGCUAUUAGUAGAAGAAGCUCACGUGCUGUAUCAAACGCUCUACAAACUCCCGAUCACUCUCCUGCACCGGCACUCUGCCUCCGGCGACUAACCGGCAGUCUCAGUCCAACUCCAGCUUCCGAACAUCCACUUCCAGCCUGGAUUCAUAUACUAAAGAACUUCACGACUAGUAGUGACCGAAGCCAAUGUGGAACAACCAGAAUUUGGAACGCCUGAUAAACCUCACUCUCGUCUUCCUAUGUCUUUUCUCAGAAACAACACAGCAAGCACCUGAAGAUGCCGUCACCCACUUUCAACAAUAUCUUCGUAUAAAGACCGCCCACCCUGAUCCAGACUACUCUACUGCCGUUUCCUUUCUCAAUACCUUAGCCAAAUCCAUUCCCAACCUCCAAACGCAAACCCUCUAUUUAACUACACAACAGAAACCUCUUCUUCUCGUCACUUUCCCUGGCUCAAAGCCAUCGUUCCCAUCCAUCCUCCUUAACUCCCACCUUGAUUCCGUCCCUGCUGAACCCUCAAAGUGGUUCCAUCCUCCCUUCUCAGCAGUCAAAACCGAUGGUGGGAAGAUCUUUGCUCGAGGUGCCCAGGAUGACAAAUGCAUUGCUAUCCAGUACUUAGAAGCCAUUAGAAACAUCCUUCUAAGAGACCCAGAGUUCAAACCAGUACGAACAGUUCAUAUAUGUUAUGUGCCUGAUGAGGAAAUCGGUGGGUUUGAUGGGAUGGCCAAGUUUGUAGAAUCAGAGGAGUUCAAAAAAAUGAAUGUUGGGUUUUUUCUUGAUGAGGGACAAGCUUCGACUAAUGAUCAGUAUCGGGUUUUUUACGCUGACAGAUCUCCUUGGAAUCUUGUAAUCAAGGCUAUUGGGAUGCCAGGACAUGGUUCAAGGAUGUUUGAUAACAGUGCCAUGGAAAACUUGAUGAAGAGUGCCGAGGUCGUGUCCAAGUUUAGGGAAAACCAGUUUGACUUGGUUAAGGCUGGGGUGUUAGCAAACUCCGAGGUUAUAUCAGCAAACCCUGUCUAUUUGAAAGCAGGAAUACCUGCUGGGGAUGGUAACUUUGCCAUGAACAUGCAACCGUCUGAAGCGGAAGCUGGUUAUGACGUUCGUUUACCACCAACUGUUGAUCCAGAUUUAUUGAGGAAACGAAUUGCUGAUGAAUGGGCACCUGCAACAAGGAACAUGACUUAUCAUAUUCUCGAGAAAGGACCGCUGAGAGAUUAUUUGGGGCGGCCUCUAAUGACUACCACAAACGAGUCAAAUCCAUGGUGGGCUGUUUUCAAACGGGCUAUUGAAGUGUCUGGUGGGAUACUCUCAAAACCAGAGAUAUUGGCUUCAACUACAGAUGCUAAAUAUUUAAGACAACUGGGGAUCCCGACACUUGGUUUUUCACCUAUGAAGAACACCCCAAUUUUACUCCAUGAUCAUAAUGAAUUUUUGAAGGAUACCGUUUUUUUGGAGGGAAUUAAGGUCUAUGAAUCCAUCAUCAAGGCUUUGAGUUCCUUUGAAGGAGAAACACCUGAUUACAAAUACAAGAUUAAAUAAUGGACGCCCAUUUUUAUCUUUUUGAUUGCUUGUUGUAUCUAUACAUGUCAGCAUAAGUGUCAUUUGUCCCUGCUGAAUUCUAUCUCAAUCCUAUUUUAGAUUGCAGAACCCAUUGUUGUAUAAUAUAAUAUCAUGUAUUAGACAGUUUGUUUUGAAUAAGAAAGGUGAAAUAUUGCUUUGAUAA